CACAGCCAGAACAAACAUACAUGGCAAAAACACUUUUAACAGGGUCUGUAUCCCAUUCUGGAGUGUUUGCUCGAGCAAGACUUCACGGCCAGGACAUAUGCUCAGGGUGUACUUGAGGAGUCACAACUUGAGAAAGUCGCGUUUCUGUGAGAUGUUUCAAAAACUACAUUCGGUAAAAAUUCUACAGAGAGAGAGAGAGCAAGAAACGCUGCCCAGACGUCGAACUUUGUAAGUCGCUGCGAAGCACAAGUUGGCGAAAAAAGAAUUGCCGAGACAUCCAAGAGCUGAAACCGACGCUCGGGCGGUGAGAAUGAGGCUGUUUGGGCGAAGGCGCUCGAAGGUGGUGAUCAUCACAGGAGCGGUGGCCCUGUUGCUCGUCAUGAUGCUGCUGCUCCUGCAGCACGAGGCUGUCAGCCGCCUCCCCCGCAGUGACAAGCCCUGGGUCAUCGAGGACCUGGUGGGAGACAAGGUGUUGGGCAUUGUCAAGGGCGCCGUCAACAACAUCCGAGACGCCAUCCCGCAUCUGCAGAUCAAGGCCCCCGUCCGCGCGGAGCCAGACUCCGCCGAGCAGGCGUGCCUCAGUGGCUUCUACUCUGCCGCAGAGCUGAGGCCCUUCCAGGAGCGGCCGUCUUUGGACGCCAACGCCCCCGGUGCCUCGGGCAGGGCCUACAAGACCGACGAUCUGAGCCCCGAGGAGAAGGCGAUCAAGGAGAAGGGCAUGGAGAAGCACUGCUUCAACGUGUAUGCCAGCGACAAGGUGUCUCUGCAUCGUGACCUGGGCCCCGACACGCGACCCCCCGAGUGCAUCGAGCAGAAGUUCAAGCGCUGCCCCUCGAUGCCGAGCACAAGCGUCAUCAUCGUGUUCCACAAUGAGGCGUGGUCGACGUUGCUGCGCACCGUGCACAGCGUCAUGUACACGUCGCCCUCCGUAUUGCUCAAGGAGAUCAUCCUGGUGGACGACGCCAGCGUUGACGACUACCUCAAGGGUCCUCUGGAUGAGUACGUGAAGCAGUUUGGAAUCGUGAAGGUGGUGCGGCAGCAGGAGAGGAAGGGGUUAAUCACGGCGCGCUUGCUUGGUGCCAGCGUGGCGCAGGGGGAAGUCCUCACCUUCCUCGACGCGCACUGCGAGUGCUUCAACGGGUGGCUUGAGCCGCUGCUGGCGCGGAUUCGUCAGAACGAGACGAGCGUCGUGAGCCCGGACAUCUCCACCAUCGACAUGAACACGUUCGAGGUGAACAAGCCCUCGGCGUACUCGCCCGCCCACAACCGCGGGAACUUUGACUGGGGCCUCAGCUUUGGCUGGGAGCCGAUACCCAGCCGCGAACGCGCCCUCCGGAAGGACCAGACAUACCCGAUACGGUCUCCAACCUUUGCCGGGGGCUUGUUCUCCAUCUCCAAGAAAUACUUUGAAUAUCUGGGCACGUACGAUGACCAAAUGGAGAUUUGGGGUGGAGAAAACAUAGAAAUGUCUUUCCGGGUGUGGCAGUGUGGUGGGCAGCUGGAGAUCAUCCCGUGCUCCGUCGUGGGGCACGUGUUCCGCACCAAGAGCCCGCACACCUUCCCGCAGGGCGUCUCGGUCAUCACGCGCAACCUCGUGCGCCUCGCCGAGGUGUGGAUGGACGACUACAAGGAAAUCUUCUACCGCCGCAACAGCCAGGCCGCUGAAAUCGUCAAAAAUAAAGCCUACGGCGAUCUGACGUGGAGAAAGAGGCUUCGAGACAAGCUGCAGUGCAAGAACUUCACCUGGUACCUCACCAACGUCUAUCCGGAGAUGUUUGUGCCCGACCUCCAUCCAAAUGUCUUUGGGGCGAUUAAGAAUAAAGCAAAGGGCAACUGUCUGGACACGGGUAGUUUCCAGAACGAGGUUGGAAAGCCUCUGAUUUUGUACCCCUGUCAUGGCAUGGGUGGAAAUCAGUACUUUGAGUACUCAUCACAGAAGGAGCUGAGACAUAACGUGGCCAAGGAGAUGUGCCUGCACGCGGCCAUGGGAGCCAUGCAUUUGGAGGAUUGCAAGUACAAGGGAGGCACCUCAUUGCCUAACACCUACGAGCUCUGGGAGCUACGCCCGGAGAAGCUGUUUUUCAACGUGGGGACGCAGCAGUGUCUCACGUCCAAAGGGGAAAACCCGACGAUGGCACCUUGCGACCACAUGGACGAGCACCAGCAGUGGGAGUUCAUCUAAGGAGCAUUGGCCAAGCCAGUGGCAAACGCAGAAUGAGGCGCAAGGGGAACGAACUCCUGCGCUUUCACCUCCCUGUAAUGUGCACUGCCCGGGGAGGGGACUCCUGCCUUUGCGGGCACGUGUGUGUGUGUGUGUGGGACACCGAUGAGCGUUUGUUGUCCCCAACGGGAAUUGUGAAGACGUUGGGAACCGAAUGCAGACCUCUCGUCUUAGCUUUCCCCUCCUGUUAACUCUACCACCAAGCAAUAAUAAUUCUUUCACGUAACUCUGCAUCACUUGAUACAAAUGUCUGUCUUACUUGGGACACCGUCACACUCUCUGGGUCAAUUACCAACUAAAAAUAAUGUGUAGUAGUGUUUACUUAUGCUAUUUCUAAUGAAACAUCUCAAAAGUGGAAAAAACUGCAUUUGAUGAACAACUUUUUUUAAAUGAUAGCAAUGAACUAUGUAAAUCAUGCAAGAAUAUUGAGGUAUGAGAGUAAUUGUGAAUGACACUUGUUUAAUUUGUGGAGUUGCAACUUGUACAUUCGUUUUGUUGAUUAGAUGAGAGCAGUGCAAACCAAUCUAACUUGAGUCCAAGCUGGAGGACAAGAAGACUUUUUUUGUCCGUUUCGGUUUUUUCGAGAUGGUGAUAACAUUAUUUUCUGGGUGUUGUUUUAAUGUUAUUUUAUCGUGUUUACAGUAAGGUGGUGGGUGAUUGUGAUGAAUAAUAUUUGAUUUAGGCUGUUUGCAGAGUUGGGUAUGGUUUGGGUUGUUAACAAACGAAUGACAAAUGUACAAAAGAUACUGACUUUUUAAAUUAGUAUUUUUAAAAAUAUACAGUAUAUAUUAAAUGUGUUCUGUACAGAAAAUUGUAAAUAAUGUACUGUACCAUGGCCAAUGCUGAGAGUCACGUGCCUGCUUUAUUUUAAUGGAACACAAAUGGUUUCCCUAGGCUGGUUAUUUCACGUGUAAGAAAGCAAACUGUUAUGGCACUUAACAUAUCAUUGGCAUCUCUUUAAAAUUAAAAGAGCAUAAUUAAUGAUAACAGAGUAAAGGAAUGCCAAAAUUACUUUUCAACUUUAUUCUUUGACUUUUUUUGUUUGAAUUUGACAAUUUUAAAUAUCCAGUGCAAUUUUCAUGCCACUUUCCAGUAUAUCAAAUACCUAAGAGCAUAAAAAUUGCUGCUCAAUACAACAUAUUUACAAUCCAUCUGUGUUAAUAAAUGGUGGUUCUGACUCGCAUCAAGGUGGUACCUUACUGGCACUUAACUUAUUAUGCAAAAGUAAAUGCCAUUGCUUGUUAUUUUUCUGCCGGAAAAGAAGAUUCACUAAGUUGGCAAUUGACUGUUAUUUGUGAUAGUUGCCAACGAAUGCCACCAAGAUGAGAAUUUGAACCAAACGCGGGUGUAAUUUCUUUUCCGUUUGCAUUUUCCAAUGUUACGCUUUACAAGUAAAAAAACACGAUCGUAA